AUGCCUCUGUCUCUGACAUGGAUCAGCCUGACUCACAUGGAGCUGGUUGUUACCGUCAUAGACCACAAACUAACCACCAGACAGAAUAUCAAGCUUCAGGAGUCAGCUGACCACGACAGAUCUGAACCAGCAGAGGAUCCGGACAGUGACAGCACGGCUCUUUGUGUGAAGAACAGAUCAGCGUUUGAGCAUCAACACAACCACCUGCUGCACUGCCUGGAGAAGACGACGAACCACGAGUUCACAAACGAGGUGAACUACAGCGAGCUGUGCAUGACGGAGUCGGUGGGCUACAGGACCAGUCGCAGCACCUCCCUGUCCAGCCAGCAGGGGGCGCAGAACAACUCUACCGGCUGCUGCCCCCGCCGGGCCAGGAGAAGAGCCGCCAUGCGACUGGCCAACUCCACGGUGUCCGUCAGCCGGGGGAGCGUCCAGGAGCUGGACACCCUGCACGUCAAAACCACCUGCAUCCCGCCUCAGACUCGUUCCAGUCUGAACGCCCAGACCGGUGACCUGAAGCUCAACUGUGGGGAACAAGAUUUCUCCGCUGCCAUCAUCAGCAUCCCCACGCCGCCCGCCAACACACCUGAUGAGAGCCUCCCCCCAUCGCCUGCCCCCAUCCCCGGUAUCCUGCGCAACACCCAGGCCACCACCUACACCCACGACACCUUCAAAAUCUCCUCCUUAUAACGUCUGACCGCGCCUGCAACUUCCCCCUCGACACCCGCCCCAGCAGCCACCCUCCCCGUAACCCUGAACUCCCUUUAAACCCUUGAACCUGAACCCAGGGCACUGCUAGCCGAGGAUUUGGGUGACAAAGACUUCUCAGGCUCUGAGGUCCGCUGUUUCCUUUCACUUCCUCACACCAUUUUGUGGAUUACAUGGGCUGAACCAAAUGGAGACACAAUGGCUUACUGUACGAAGGGGAGCAAAAAGUCUUAAGAAUCAGUCCCUCAUGCAUUAUAGACCCCAGACACGCCCUCCUGCACUGUUUUACAUUUUGGAUCUCGGAGCACAAACCCUGGAGGGUUCAUCCUGAACUGACGAUGGAAACGAUGUAAAGACAGAAAUGCAGCACCCCCACCUGACGCGUUGGUUUCGUUGGGUCCAUUUGGCAUCCCCACUAAACAUAAUGCUUCAGUGGAGGGUUACAAAAUGUCUUAUUUUUCAGUCUAAACCUGGCACUGAAUGGUUUUAUUCUGAAAAGAGAUGUUGAAUGAAUCAGAGAGACUGCUGACCAUCGGAGGAUCAUUUAGACUUAGCUGGUUUGUUGUCAAACUCAUCUGUGAUUGGAAGAAGACGUGACGGAGACGAUCUGUUAACAACCAAACAACCUUCAGCAGCUUCACAAGCCAUGAUACAGUUUUUUGAUUGUUUUGGAAAUUGUGGGAAACAGGUGACGGCUAUCGGGCCCGUGGAGCUCAGACAUUUAUGGAUUGGUUUUUGUCUUGAUUCAAAUGCAUGCUGGUUUCUUUUCUUUGCAGCGACAGACUGGAAGUCUGACUGCAGAAAAAAUGCUGCUCAUUUCAGUGUCGUGUUGGACCUCUGCUGGUUGAAAGACUGUAGGUUUUAACCCCAACAAUGGGUCAACAUGUCUUCAAAUCUUAAGGAGUUCGGGAGUAUGUAUGGAAGAUCUCUUCCCCGGCUCUAAUUCAGCAGCUGAAGCCACUUCGGUACACUUUUUAAGAAAAGGAAGAGAACCAUGAGCGAGAACUCGUGAGCUUUUUUCAGAAUCCAGUUGCGAAACAUGUAAGAACGUGAAAAUCUUAAUAAUGAUCAAGAUGCUGCUGAAACACAUGAACUCAUCUGGGUUUAACUGAUCUAUGCUGAGCCUGAGUACUGUUAACUAACUAACUACAGUGAGCUGAUCUUACCUUCAAGGAACCGGGACAAACCGAGCUGGACUCACCUUACCUUUCUAAACGGGACUGUGGAGAGGAAAGGGUUAAAUGAGGGACUGGAUUCAUCAGGUCUGAUGUGGACUGGUCUGGCUGUAGCUCAGAAGUGUUUGUCGGACCAGGAACGAAAGCCUUUUACUUUUCAAAAUAUGCAACAUUACAACAAGCAGGAAAAUAGCAUCAACAAAUGAACAGAAUAAUAAUACCGAUAAUAAUGUGUUAUAAAACGUCAGUGAUUAUUGCAGGGAACAUAAUGUAAAGCAACUAAGAAUUUCAUUUGUUGUGUGAUCUUUUCAAUGAGAGCGAGAACACAAGUACAUUAGAUGAAAAUGGGAAAAGGGAAUGCAACGCCAAAAGCUUUUCAGCUUUAAAGUCACGUUUGUCCCCAUGACGUGCAAAAAAUGCUAAGAGAGACCGACUCAUGCAAUACAAUCAAAAUGAUCAUAUUUAAUGUUAUGCACACAAAUUAUGUUAAAAGCCAUUACUUUCAUGUUAGUGUUUGCACAAAAUGGCCGUCACUUGUUAAAACGUUUCCAACAAAGUAGAACUAGCACAAACUGUUUCAAAUUUAAACGCAGACCACGUCGGCUAAGUUGACUUUGUUCCUGCUGCUUAUCAUAGGAUAUCAUAAAAAGAAAAGCAGGAAGUGCUGCUCUUCUCUCAGGCUACGUCUUCGUUUAAACCUCAGACCUUCUGCUGCGUUUCCUCGCGUCCAGACUGAAACGUUGAAGUGUGAAAACGCUGCUCAGCCCGUUCUGGUUUUAAACUCCGGGGCGGCGUGUUCGUGCCGACGGGUGGAAACGAUGACGCUCACGUUUGGCUUCCUGAUUGGUUCUGAUCAGUCAGUCAGAGCAGAAACACGAUGCUGCUGACAGAGUUUUAUUAAAGUAUUCUGUAGUGUGUAAAUAACUCUUCUACACUUGUCCUCUGCGUGUCUCCGUAUUUACUUUGCGUCGACUCCCAGCCUGUUUCCCGCCGCCUCCGUCUCUCUGUCCUCCCGUCUUCUCAACAGUUCCACCUCGCCGUCACUCCGUGCAGAGGAAUCUCUGCUGUGGUUCUUCUCCAUCGCUGCUCUUCCUUCGUCUACAGUAGAACUUUCUUCUGCAGCUGCAGAGCAGACAAUCUGCUUCCUGUUUACACCGGCACGCACAUGCUCAGUGUACGUGAACGGUCACGUGAUGUUUACGUGUUCACGUGUCGUUUAAAUAAAAACAGAGAUCUGAUACGCAGCUAACACCCUGGUGAGCACGGAGGUCGUAGUGGUGUGGAUGUAGCCUCAGUCUACUUCUGAGAUGUGAAUCUCAACAGGGGACAAUGCAUUUCUGUUCCACCAUCACCCACACGUGACUUUAGCUGCAAGUAGUUUGGCGAAGCGUUUCCCUGACCAAUCAGAAGUGAGUGUGAGUGACUGACACACAGACGGGAGACAAGACGUACAUACUGUAACAUAUUUUGUAUCAUAGACUUUCACUGCAUCUUCCAGUCGAACCCUCAAACCAGAAAAAGACAAAAAAGAUAGAGAUGAAAGUGGUGGGGCGUUCCUCCGUGCAUGAGCCUCGUGCAGUAGAAGUAGCACUACUGAUCAUAGGAACUUAUCGUCAUAUCAGAGAAAAAAGCUAGAAAAAAAACACAACACAAAGGGGGAAAUCUCAUCUCAUCAUCUUUUUGCAUGACAACUCUUCCUUUCUUCUCUCCCGCCCGUCAUCGGUUAGUUUUCCUCAUCCUCCCCCGACCCAAACUUUUCAAGCCGAGUGUUUGCACCACGAGAAGCGUACGUUAGAAUACCCAGAAGAAUAUAUCAAAGUAAAAUCAUUCAGGCAUGUUCCUCGCCAGAAUGCAAAGUGUAUGUGUGUGUUUGUAUGAAUGUGUGUUUGUAUGAUGAGCUGUCACAAAUAUGCAUGGAUACCGUUAUAGGUAUUUUAUCUGUUUUCUCCUGCAGAGACGGCAGAGAGAGGAGGCUGUUCACUGGUUCUUCAACUCUUUUAUUUUCCACAGUACGUCCACUAAUACUUCAUGUGCUCCCAGCCGGCCCCUACACCCCGUCUACAGCAUUUAACAGUAAAAUGACUGAAACAGCUUAGUGUCUAAAUGAACCUUAUGCGUCAUGGCUGUCCUUCAAUAAGUACAUGUUGUUGUCUGUUGGACAGAAUCAUUCUAACUCUAACUUUUCUCAUAGACUGAGUGAUGUUACGUCAGAUGAAGCUCCAGAAGAAGCUAGUAAGUGGGAUUAUUACCGUAAUGGGCUGAUACGGUAAUUACAAAUGCCUUGUGACUGUAAUUUUGACAGGAAGUUCCUUAUUUCUGUAACAAACAGUCCCUGACUUCAGUUCAGUUUUGUGUUAAAAAACUCUCACUCUUGUGGUUUUUAUUCGGUCUUUUCUGGGUCAUGAAGCUUCUUUGUAAGUUUUGUUUAUAUUAAACUGAUGAACUGUACAGGGAAUGAAGCUGAAAGCAGGUUUGACUUUAGUUACUCUUGUAAUUUAUUUGAGUUUGAAUGUUUUUGUGACGCUAAAUGUUGAGGCUUGUGGGUAACGGCUGGGAGCUUUGCUGCACUUUACUGUUUCUACUGCGGGACGCCUUCAUGGGUCGGACCUGAUCCUGCUGUCACUCUCAUCUUUGUUUCUUCAACUGCGAUAAACAGGAAACCUCUGAAGCAAGUCUGAAUCCGACUGCAGCAAAUGAUCAUUUCCCCUUUGUAUUGUAUAAUGUUCCUUUGACUUAAUAAGUGAAUAGUUUUAUGAACUGUCAGAGAUAAUAUCUUAUUCCAAUCACAAGUUGUUGACGGACAAAAUUGUGUCUUUUUAUUUGUAAAUUUGCUAAAAGUAAGCUGAUUGUAGCAUUUUGAAGCCAUGAAGUCAGUAUUUAUACUAAUGGAUUUGUUUGAUUGAUCUUUAAUUUCUUUAAUCAGUGACUUAUCAUUUCAGUUUUGGGGGAUGAAGCUGUUUUAAUUUCAUAUUGUGAUUUUUGUGCAGGUGUGAAAAUGCUACACAUGAUACUGAUGCUGAGAUUAGCGUCGAUCCUUACAGCCAUGGUUUAAAUGUUGUUUGGCAAACGGCUCAAAGGUUCAUGAAAAUGGCAGAUGAUGUUGUGUGUCACGGCCUCGGUGGGAGAGUUAAAGAGGAUCCUAACACUAAGUCCACCUUGUGAAGGGAACGUGUUGGAUGACGUUCCGCUGGUUGUGGUUCGUUGGAUCAGCAGUUCCUCCUGCCUUUGUUGUACCUGUGGCCCCUGAAAACGAAGCUGUCUGCUUGUGACCAAAGAGUUUUAUUUACAACAGAAAAAGCUAAUUCUAGAACAUAUUCUUAGGACCCCUUUCAGGCUGGGACCCUCUGCUCUAAACCACAACAAUGUCCAGGUGCUGCACAGAGUCUCUGGAGGAGAUCGAACCAGAUCCAUAACUGAACGCUUUGUGUGAAGGAGGGGAUUUCGUGUUAAGUUGCUCUUAAACUCUCCACCUGUUUGUAUUCAUUUAGAUUUGUAAUUGUGUUUUUCAUCUGAAGCGGUGUUUGUGCAGCCAUUUAAUCCCCAUCCUUCAAAUGUGACGAAGUCUUACUGAAGGGGGGGAAGUACGACAGCAGCCCUUCAGAUGCUGCAGAGUUAAACAUCUUUUCAUCCAGUGAACUGAGUCUCAGAGAGCGGAGUGAAUGAAGGCAGGAGAAAAGAGCAUUAAAGCACAGAGGUGUAUAUUCCAUUCCACUAAUAAAGAACAGAAACCAGAA